CUAAGAUCAAGAGUUUCAAAUUUCUUUGACCAUUUCCUGUUCCCUCCAGAAUCUCAAUUCUUGCCACCGUUUUUAGGCAUAUUAUAGUACGCUCUUGAUAAAUUCUUCAUCUUCACUUUCUGUGCUGGUAGCGAUAGAAGGGCUUGGGAAAUCAAGUGUAUAUGUAUAUGUAGUAUACAGAUUCUACCCACCUAGCAAUGCAGUACACAUGCAUGCAUGCAUCACCACAACUAUGCAUGCACAUACACCCGGCACACAAUACAAUUCAACUACCUCAAUAAGUAUAGUAUCACAUGGCACACAAAUCUGGUAGUUCAUUGUGUGUUGUAUGCCAGGUGGUGAUGAUAUAAUGCCACUACCAAAAGCAGUCUUCUCACAUGUCACACAACACUACCUAAUGCAGUCAUCACAUGAUACACAACACAUAAAGGAAUGCAAUUUAGAGCAGUAUAAUUAUGGUUGAUCAGGUACUUUACUUAAUUAAUAAACGUGUGGGACACAAUGUGUCAAUAAAGAACCUAGAGUGCAUAAAUCAGAAAUGAGUGCAACAUCCACAGCAAAUAUGCUGUCUAGAAGUAUUCUCAGCUGGUUAGUGCUACUGACCCUAGCUACUGUUACCAGGAGUGAGCACUAUCGUAUUGUGCCAGUGGAUUCAACCGACUCGUGUAAUGGCUAUCGAAAUGGAACUUGUUUCACUCUCGAGCAGCUUGUUCAAACAGACCUGCUAUCUGGUGGAGACAAUCUCACCUUGAGCUUUCUACCUGGACAUCAUGUGUUAACUGAGCAGUUAUUGAUUCGUAACUUCUCACAUGUGCAAAUCACUGGUCAGAACACAAGUACAACUGCAGUUGGAUUCCAUAGCAAUGGUGCGAUACGUUUUGUUAGUAUUACCAAAUUGAAUAUUGAACGCUUGGGUUUUAUUGGAGCGAAUGUUGGAUUACAAAACUCACAUCAAGGUUUGAUCAUUGAUGGUGCCAAUGAUGUGUACAUCAAAGACUGCAACUUUUCGGACUUUGUAUUACUCAAUCAAGCGGAAAACCACCUCGUUAAGAUUACUAAUACUCAAACUGCAACAGUUGAGAGCACUCUCUUUAUGAACAACAUUGGUCGGGCACUGCACGUUGAGGCUGAUGAUGUGUACAUAACAAACAGUGUGUUCACUAGAAAUGAUGGAGGUGCAGUUUUCAUUAAAUCAAACAACGCACUGAUCAACAACACAGAGUUCAACUAUAACAGUGCUGAGAGCGGAGGAGCAGUAGAAGUGGUAUCUGGUGCUGUAGUGAUCACUUGGUGUAACUUCACAAAUAACAAAGCUUCUCAGAAUGGUGGAGCGAUUAGUGUUGUCUCAGGUAGUGUGUCCAUUUCCAACAGUGAGCUGACAAACAACAGUGCUGACUAUUAUGGUGGAACGAUUAAUGUUGACUCAGGUAAUGUGUCCAUCUCCAACAGUGAGCUGACAAACAACAGUGCUGACUCUUAUGGUGGAGCGAUUUAUGUUAUCUCAGGUAGUGUGUCCAUCUUCAACAGUGAGCUGACAAACAACAGUGCUACUAACUAUGGUGGAGCGAUUAGUGUUCACUCAGGUAAUGUGUCCAUCUUCAACAGUGAGCUGACAAACAACAGUGCUGACUAUAGUGGUGGAGCGAUUGUUGUUGGCUCAGGUAGUUUGUCCAUCUCCAACAGUGAGCUGACAAACAACAGUGCUGAGUAUUAUGGUGGAGCGAUUUAUAUUUUCUCAGUUAAUGUGUCCAUAUCCAACAGUGAGCUGACAAACAACAGUGCUAACUAUGGUGGAGCAAUUGUUGUUGACUCAGGUAAUGUGUCCAUCUCCAACAGUGAGCUGACAAACAACAGUGCUGACUAUUAUGGUGGAACGAUUAAUGUUGACUCAGGUAGUGUGUCCAUCUCCAACAGUGAGCUGACACACAGCAGUGCUGAAUAUGGUGGAGCAAUUUAUGUUCUCUCAGGUAGUGUGUCCAUCUCCAACAGUGAGCUGACACACAACUUUGCUAAAAAGGGAGGGGUAAUUUAUGUCUUCCAAUCUUCCACCUUGAUCAUCCAUAACACUGACAUUACUAAUAACAUGGCCAGUUUGAACAUUUUGCAAUCAAACGUAACAUUCACUGGAAGGAAUAUUGUCAGUAACAAUGGUCGUCCCAUUUAUGCUUUCAAUAGUCGAAUCGAGUUUAAUGGACCUACAAUACUGAGUAACAAUCAUGGUGUGUUUGGUGGAGCUAUCAGCGCUGACCAUAGUCAAAUAUAUAUUAACACGAAAGGAGUGAUCAUCACCAACAACACAGCUACCUCUGGAGGAGGGAUAUUUCUGAGAGAGAGUACACUCCUUGUAAAAGAGCCAAUAAAGAUCUAUCACAACACAGCACAGGAUGGUGGGGGCAUUUAUGCAUAUUCCAGUAGAGUUGAGUUCCAAUCAGUGCAGAUGGAAAAUGCAUAUGGCUAUCUAAUUCCUCCAAAAAGUGAGAUUCCUCUACAGAGUGAGAUUCCUCCACAGAGUGAGAUUGCUCACAACAUUGCUGAGAAUGGUGGAGGUAUACAUGCAGUAUCUUCAACUAUUAAACUAACUCAAUCACAUGUCAACAUUGACUCAAACACAGCUAACACAAGUGGAGGUGGAGUGUAUCUACAGCAAAGUUCGAAACUGUACCUAUUUAAAAUGAAUGAAGAAUAUACUCAGGAUCGAUAUGUCAAGCUAAUGAGUAACAACAACUUGGCUCAGUACGGAGGGGGGAUAUUUGUGGCAGAUGACACACAGAGUGGUGCCUGCAGAGGAGGGGCCACAGAAGAUGAUGCAACUCGAACUAUUUUUGCUAACUGCUUCAUUCAAACAAUUAAACUGUAUGAGUCCCGCUCUGAUUCAAACUAUUUCAACACAAACUAUUUCAACACAUUCAUGACUGACAACACGGCUACCCAGUCAGGAGCAGACAUCUACGGAGGUCUGUUGGACAGGUGUACAGUAAGUCAAAAUGCUGAAUAUAAAUCUUUAAACGGAUUGGACUACGUAAAAAAAACUGUCAACUCCUCCAUCGAGCCACUAUCAAUCUCCUCUAGGCCUGUUCAAGUAAUUUUGUGCAACUAUUCACAAUACGACUAUGGUUCUACAAAAAAAGGACACACAUUUACAAUCAGUGUUAUGGCUGUUGACCAAGUUAGAAAUCAAAUGAAUGCCACAAUUCGCAGUUCUGUUGUCAGUGAGAGUGGACGUGAUCGUUUCAAAGAAGGACAGGCAAAACAUGAAAUUGGUAAUCGGUGCACAGAAUUAGAGUACAAUGUAUUCUCACAAGACAGCUCUGCUCAAGUGGAACUCUAUGCCGAGGGUCCAUGCAUCAAUUUAGGAAUUUCAAGACAACUUAUAAAUAUAUAUUUUCAACCCUGCAUAUGCCCUAUUGGACUUCAGCCAAUUCAGUCCGAUAUUGAGUGCAGGUGUGACUGUGAUCCAGACUUGCAACAAAGAUAUCAGAUAACAAACUGUUCCGAUGAAAAUGGUACCAUAAAGUUGGAAAGCAAUAACAACAUAUGGAUAGGAGUAACUAAUACCACUAACGGAACAGGGUAUAUUGUUAGUAACUGUACAUUUGACUAUUGUGUAGAAAAACCAGUCAACAUCAGUCUAAGCAACCCUGACGAACAAUGUGCUUACAAUCGAAGUGGUGUCUUGUGUGGAGAAUGUGAACCAGGACUAAGUCUUGUGCUGGCUACGUCAAACUGUCAAAAAUGCUCUAAUUUUUCCCUUCUUCUACUAAUUCCAUUUGCGCUGGCAGGCAUAUUGCUAGUUGCUUUAAUUCUUGUGCUCAACUUCACUAUAGCAACUGGAAAUAUUCAUGGCCUCAUUUUUUACGCCAACAUAGUAGCUGCUAAUAGAGCAAUUUUCUUUCCUAGUUUAAACAACUUUUUAACAGUUUUUGUAUCAUGGGUGAAUCUUGAUUUAGGUAUUGAGACAUGUUUUUACAAUGGAAUGAACUCUCAACGAAAAGUACUCCUUCAACUUGUCUUCCCAGUUUACUUGUUUCUUCUAAUGUUUCUAAUCAUCAUGUUGAGCAAAUAUUUUGACUCAUUUGCAAAGCUCCUCUCCAACAGGAACCCAGUUGCUGCCUUAGGCACACUCAUCCUACUCUCUUACUCCAAACUCUUACGGUUUGUCAUUGCUGCACUGCAACACAGGGUCUUGGAUUAUCCUGAUGGUACAAGUGAUAUAGUUUGGGUGUACGAUGGCAAUGUGCAAUACUUCGCUCCUGAUCACAUCCCUCGGUUUGUUGCUGCAGCCAUUAUCCUCAUUGCUAGUGUAUUGUUCACUGUACUACUCUUCUUUGGACUAUGGUUUCCACGCUGUUCCAAGGUUAUGAUAUGGACCAAGAAUACAAAGUACACUGGCUUCAUGGAUGCAUACCAUGCUCCAUUCACUCCCAAGCAUCGCUACUGGGUGGGACUGCUUCUCUUUGCUUUAAUUAUUCAUAAUCUAGUAGCUGCCAUGGCUCUCGACACUUACCUCCCUAUUCUAUCAGCUGAGGUUCUAUCAGUUGGACUGAUUGUCUGGAAACUACUAAAUAAUCGCUUGUACAAAAGUAAGUUUUGUGAUUCCCUCGAAACUCUUUAUCUAUUCGAUGUUGCUAUUCUAGCGUUUGGUACCUCUUAUGUCAAAGAUACGAAUAAAGAUCAGUCAGCACUAGCCAAUACUUCGAUGGCUAUAUCAUUCACCUUAUUUGUGACAACACUCUGCUAUCACUUUUACCAAGUCGUACUCAAGAAGAGCAAUACAUGGCUGAAGAUAGAAGACACCAUAAGAAACUUACGAGCUGGUGCUGCAGACAUGAGACUUCGCCGAGCUAACAAUGCCCGGGAAAUGUAUCAGCUGGUAGCCGAUGAAAAUGAUGAAGAUGAAUUACUCAAAGCAGUAGACGACUAUGAACAAAGAGACGCCUUGAACCCACCUUACACUGAUGGAGCCGUGGAAGAAGCUGACCCUGAUCGUUACAUCACUCCUCCCAUCAUCAGACCAGCCACGAGGCCGGACCAGCUGAGACUAUCCUACAUGGAUGAUCUAGCCCCUCUCACCACAGAGGACUACAGACCAGCCCCUCCUCCUCUAAGAGUCAACCAUCGUCCUGCUGUUACACACACAGAAAUCGGCCAUAUACGCAAUGAAGUAUAAACUGUUUUAUUUAGCUGAAGUACCUUAUCAUGUAAAUAACAUUUGUAGGGAUUGUUAGUUCCAACAGUUACUGUCGUUAGCACUUGUUUAUGUCACUACAGUUUAAAGAGAGAUAUGCUUUUUUUGUAGAUUCUUGUAGAUUUAUUUUUUGUAGAUAUUUAAUGGUUGUGGUAUAUAUGAAUUGUUUC